AUGAACAAUUUGAACACAACAGAGACCACUAUCCCCACACUAGCAGAAGGGGCAGUGGUGGAUCCAAUGAGUAUUGAGGUGAGCGAGCCUGUUCCAACCACUACCUUUCCAACAACAACAACAACCAUGAAGCAGCAAGAAGAAGCAAAUAAAUUGGAUGAAGAGACUGAACAAAAACAUAUCAUCAUUGCCAAAGUUUUGUUUGGAUUCGGGUUUGUAAUGCCUCUCACUUGGCUUGCAAGUAUCAUUUGGGCCCGGAAAACAAAGUCAAGAGAGGUCUACCGAUGGAGAAGAUAUUCUCUGCUUGCCUUUUCCUUACUCUGUACCUUAUUGUUUUGUGCUGGGUGGUUCAUCAUUAUUGUGUAUUCUCUCAUUCCAUAUCCAGAUCCAGAAAAGUUCAAUAGUGGGCUUAAGAAUGCUAUUCAAAUGUAUCCCGGCGAAUUGAUUGCAAUUUUGUGGGGUCUCUUAAUUGUUGUGGUAGUGUGUUUUGAGUUCAUCAAGGAUUUGUAUUGGAAAAUUAAAAAGUUUAGGGAAAGUAGAAAAAACAAGCAAUAG